GAUUCAGUUCUUGAACGACUGCUGGCCGUGUUGGUAGCAUAUCGCGGAACGCUGCUUUUAAACUUUAUCGCCGGAGUCGAAAGUCGGAGGCGGCAGACGCCGCGUUUGCUUUUUGGAAGACGUUACUUUGUUCGGUUUAUGGACAUUUGUGAAAUGAAAAACAAAAACACAAUCAACCAAAACAGAAAAGCAAAAAAGCAAAAGCAAAUCGCACACGAAGAUCAACAAAGUGAAAUUUAGUUUUGAAUGCGAUUCGAAAAUUAAUUGGCAAGAAAGGCAUAAAUGAUUGCAAAUUAAGCGUAGUUUGUAAAGAUAUCGCCACAACAAAUACAAAUAAUAAAAGAAAACAAGUUUAUAAGGUGCAAAACGAAACUAAUAAUACUUAUAAUUGAAAUCAAUAUCAUUAUUACAAAGUGCAAAUCUGCUUGUGUAUAAAUAAAAAAAAUCUUAAUUAUAAAGAAAAUAAUCAAACUAAACGCAAAGUAUUCAAAAGCUCAACGGCAAUUCUCUCAGUGUGCUCCAACAACAAGGAAGCUCAUGCAUGAAGCCCAAACAGCUCAAGUCAUGAAGUUGCCGUUGUAUUGCGUUUAAUCCUAGCCGGUCAGCAGCAAUCCUUUUAGUCCAACCAUUUUCAGUCCCACAGCAAUAUGUUCAGUCUGUUGAGCAGCUCUCAGAUCUAUGGCCUACCGCAAACAACAACAACAACGGAUCAAACGACAUCUCCGGAUGACAGUGGCACUGGCCAAAAGAAAAGCAACAGUCUGCCCCAUAAGAAUCACAAGCAACAACAGCAACAAGAACAACAACAUCGACGAUCAACGAGCAGUUUGAGUGAUACUGGUGGCAAGUUCUUUGCCAAUCUAAGCGCCAAAUCACCUAGCCAAUUUAUUGAGAAAUUCAUCAAAAGCGAACUUCUUAACGGUUACGAUACCCUCAAGUGUCAGGCAGGUGGAAAGUCACCCACGGAAAAGGACAAAUCCACGGCGGAUAGCAGUCCUUUGUAUAGCAACCUGCAAACCGAUUGGGCUGGAUUCAGUUGUCUACAGGGCAGCUAUCGCAGUCACGGCGACUCUGAGUUCUAUGAGGCCGUACAGGUCAAAUCUUCCAGUCCCAACAACAACAACAACAACAACAGCAACAACAACGAAGUGAAUAUGCGUUCCAAGUCAUCAAAUGGUGCGGCAACCCUACAGCAUUAUCAAAAGCUGCCAGAGCCCAGCUUGGAGGUCAAUUUCAAUACCCAAGCUGCUGGACAUACGCCUGCUUAUAAGAAACUUGGAUUCGGAGCGAGACUACAGAAACAGAGUACAGAGCAUAACUCAGACAACUCGCAAUCCUCGAGAAACACACGCAGCAGCAGCGAAGUGCAACGUAGUUCCUCCGGCUCUAGUUCAUCAGGUGCUCCUCCAUUGGCAACGGCUGCCACAUCACCGGAGCGCCUGCAACGUCGUCGAUUGCUGCAAAUGAUCUCCAACUACGAUCAGCAGAACAAGCAGCUGCAUCGGGAACUGGCCAAGGAGAAGCGUCGUCGCACCGAGGAACUGGCCUGUGUGGUCAAGUCGCUGCUCUGCUUCGAGUCCAAGUUGAAGAAUGACAUGAAGACGGUCAAUCAGCGUCUGUUGGAUCGCGAUACUGAGAUCUGUCGUCUGUUGCGCCAGAAUCGUGCACUGCGCAAGCGUCUGGUCGAUCAUCAGCGGGACGAGGGCAUGGUUGCCGAUCAGGAGACGAAUGUCGAUCUGGAGGAGAAGCAUGUGGAGGAGUGCCUGAUCCUCGAGGCUUUGCAAUGCAACAAUUGCCGCAAGCAAUUCUAUGACAUUGAGCUGAGAGCCAACGGCACACAGACAUCUCUCAAGGAACUGGGCGUUAGCGCCAAAGCGGAGCACGCCUCUUCCAGCGAUGACACCGUCUCAUCGUCGUUCUAUGGCGCCAGACGCAGUGUGCGUUACACGAGCAAACGAACCGCGGGCACGUUUCGGGAUUACAUGCGAUCCCGGGCGAUGCACAUCGAUGAUGCGGCACUGGAGCAGCAGUCGGAGGAGAACACGAGCAGCGUCAGUCGCGAGGACUCCCAGACGAGCUACGAGCAGUUGCACAACUAUGCCAGAGCCAUGGAGCGUAUGCACGGCGUGAAGGCAACCCUACAGGAUGGCGACUACUCUGAGCAGAGCAGCCUGGAGCUGGAGCAGCAACAGCAGCAGCUGCAGCGUCGCCGCAACAGUUCCGCCUCCAGUCGGAGCAGCAAGACGACAUCCUCGGUGGCAGCGCAAUUGGAGGAGGAUGAUGGCAUCUUCUCGCCCACGCAGGAUGACGAGGAUUUCGAUGAACUGGAUGCGGAGCAGGAGCAGCAGCUAAUGUCCCGUGGUGCUAUCAAAAUUGUGCAACGUCGCUGUGCCGAAUUCUCCGAGGCGUCACCGAAGCAAAUCUAUGAGACGACCACAGAUGAUUGGUAUGCCAGUGCCUCGGAUCAGGAGGAGCUCAGUACGGCACCAACAGCGGCCAAACCAUAUGGUCAGGGUGCCGUGAAUCCCGUGCUGGAGUGCGUCAAUCAGAUACUGCUGCAGCAAUCCAUGGAGGAGACAUUGCGUGAGCCAAUCACCACGCCCAAAUCCGCUAUGGCACCCAAAGGAUCCACCAAUCUGCCACGUCGCAGCUCGUUGAGCGGACGCAGCGGAACAAAUGGACGGAAGCGUGUACACUUCUCCACAAAGAACAGCAUGGUGCAUGUGCCACGUCACGAGGAUGUGGAGGAAUCCCAUACCGACGAACUGAUCUCACACUAUCAUCCAAUGGCAGCUGCCGCUGUUCCCGUUCCGGGAGACACCUUAAACUACGAGAGCAUCUAUAGCAAUGAGUAUGAGCCCAUUGGGUCGGAGCGUGCCUCCAACCUGUAUGUGGACAUGGCUGCCGCAGCAGCCGAUGGUAGCGUUGCCAUUGCCAAGACGCCACAAAAAUUGCCGCCCGCUUUGCCGCCGAAGCCGGCGAAUCUGUUGAAAUUCAAGAAAUCGCUGCAUCAGCUCGAGGAGAUUGAGGAUGAGGGCGACUGUGCCGUGUCCACGACAACAACCAGCGAGCCGGAUUACUGUUCCAUAGCCGAGGUGGGCGUAACAAGCGUACAAAUUGUCGCCGAUGUCCACAAGGCGCCCGAAUCGAGCACGCCCACGGAACCAGAUCGAGACCGAGAGCAGGAGCGAGAACAGGAGUCGAGGAAUCCCAAUUGCUCCGAUGAUGAUGCCUGCUCGGCGGCCGCCUCGCACAAGACUGAGGAAAUCGAAGAGAUUUUCGCCGACAUACCAAAGCUACCAAAUGUGGCGGCCAUCAUAGCGCCCAAGCAAUCCACAGACUACAUAUUGAUGGCACCCAAAACGCUGCGUCUCCAGCUGUCGUCCAGCUCCGGAAACACGCAGACCAUGCCGUCCCAAUACAAGCGCAAGCAUGUGCCCAACAUCCUGGCUGAGAUUAACAAACGGAUGAGCUUGCCCAGUUCACCGACCACGCCCACAACGCCCAAAAGUUUGCCAACAACGCCCACAUCGAAAUCGCUGCUCCAGCUGGCGGAUGCAAGCGGCGGACUUCCGCUCCAGGCCGAGUUCGAUUGGUAUAAUCUGGAUGCGGAGUACGAUAGAAGCAACGACGCACCAAAGUGUUCACAAAACGAGGGCAUGCUGGAGGAGAUAAGCGAGGAUAACGAGUGCUUGGUCACUGCAGCCGAUGAAUACAACCUGGAUGAGGAAUUUCAGCUGCAGCCCGAACAGGAUGAGGAAGACCAGGAGGCGGAGGAGGAGGAGGAGGAGGAGAAGAAGGACCAAGUGGUACAACACAAAGCGGAGCCAGCAAAGGCAAAGCAAAUGAAAAAGAAUUUGGCCAGUUUCGAGAAAUUCAUCGAGGGAUCAGGAUUAAGCACCAAACCAUUGCCGAGCAAACGCAAAAUAUACUUUAAUGCGCCCUUCGUCUAGAUCACCAGUUCCCUAGAUAUACCUACUAAAUUUAUAGAAGUAUAUCAACCUAUAAUAUAAACUAAAUAUGUCAUGUGUAUAACGAAUUUAAGUUUUUUUAUGUGUUCCGUCUUUUUGUUUAGUUCUUAAGUUGGCAAAGUAUUAAAAUGUUUAGAAAAUUUUUAAUUAAAUAAACGCAAAACAUUAAAAGCAA